UUCCUUCAGUCGGGAUUUAACAGGAGGUGUUUGAAGUUGUGUGAUUAGUUUCGUUAGUGUUAUUUAUAUGUCUAGUUUGCGGGGCACAAACUGGAAUCGACGGACUAUUUUCAUUAGAGGACUUUUUUAUUAUACGGAAGCAUGAUUUUUUGAAACCUCUGGACGAAUGAGCAAAAUGACAGCCUUGAUCUUUAAAUUGGUGACCGUCCUGGUGGUUUCCCGUACGAUUGCACCAGCUGAUUUUAGUAACAGAACUGCUCAGCUAAAGGUCUGCCAAGAGGAGGAAUACUUGGAUGGUAAAAUCUGCUGUAAAAAAUGUGAAGCUGGGCAAUAUGUGAAAUCGCCAUGCACGAGCCCCUCCACGUACGGACAGUGCGAGGCCUGCGCGGACGGCAAGGACUACACCGAGCACGCCAAUGGACUGAAGCGCUGCAUCCACUGUUCUCGGUGUCGUUCAGACCAAGUGGAGACGGUUCCCUGCACAAUUGUGCAGAACCGGCAGUGUCAGUGCAAGCCUGGCUACUUCUGCCGUCCGGAGGAGGCCUGCGAGGUCUGCAAGAAGUGCUCCAGGUGUAAAGAGGAAAUGGCUGAAGUGCACAGUUGUAAUGCUACUGCAGACACUGUGUGUGCGAAGCCGUCACCUGCCACAGAGAAGCCAAGACUAGGUAAUACUGACAAAGCCACUACCAGCGCAGGAACAGUGAUCACCAUUGUGAUUGUAAUUAUCAUUGGGAUUGUACUUGUGAUUUCUCUUGUUUUGUGGAAGAAGAGGAAAUGUAGUCAUAAUCCAAGUCCUGGUUGCUCCAGCCAGCCAAGUGAUGUGAAGAUACCAAUAGAUGGUGCAGGUCAGGGCUCAGUGGAAGAGAGGCAGAACAGCUUGAAUGCAGGGACAGAGCAGCAACGACGCGUCAGUGAGGGCGAGCCGUUGCUGCAGAAUGAGCGCUUGGCCGGCGCCACGCGCACGGGCAUUGACGAUGAGGACAGGGGCUUAGGAGACAGCCUGUCCAACACCGCUAACUCCUCACAGACCAGCCUGGCAGGAUUGCCCAGUAGCGCCUGCAGUAGCAGCACCCCUCGACACAGCCCUCCAACACAGAGACAGGACUUGGCUGGGGGUCGUGCUAUAAAUGAAAAUACUUAUAUUCCUUUAGAAGUGUCAGAGUCCCUGAAGAAGAGCUUUGCAAUCUUCACAGAUCAAGUGGGAGUGAAAGAUAGGAAGAAAUUCCUGAGACAUAUUGGCGUUAAGGACAAUGAUAUUCUUAAAGCUGAAAAAAAUAUUCCUGCCGAUGUGGAUGAACAAUUUUAUCAACUCCUUACUGGCUGGCAGCAAGACAAAGGGAAAAAUGCUUCUAUUGAACUAUUGCUUAAUGCUUUACUGGAAUUAGGUCAUAGACACGAUGCUGAAAAUAUCAUCCAGAAAGUGAUUGAAAAUAACUAUUAUAAGCUUAACAAUGAAAAUGAAUAAAGAUUUUUUUUUUGCUUUGUAACACCCAUGCAAAGAUUUUUGCAAGGAUAGCUGAAGGCAAUACAAUGACUUAAGUCAGUGUGGCCUAGGCCAGUAGGGCCCAUCUUCCAUUAUUUGAGCUGUAAGUCUUACUGAUCGAAAGGUGCAAGAGAGGGGAACACUUCAGCUCUUCUGAGGACAGUGGUAUUCCUCUAGUCUGAACAUAGAAGGUGUUCUUGGUUCUGUCCUGCUGUGGUUGGUAGAGAUUUAAUCUGUUGCACUGAGCUGUUACAUCACUGGUUUAUGGGGUAAUUUCCCACCACAUUUUACCUCAAAUGGUACUUGACAGAACUGGAGAUUCAUCUCUCAAGUUUUUUUUUCUUGAACUACAGUUAAAAUGUUCAGCUGUAGGAGCUACUGUGAAGAGAUAUAUUUAUUUUUAAAUACAUGUUUACAUAUUGUAUACAUUUUUGCCUUUGUGUGUUUUUUUUCUUGUAAAAUACACAAAUCAAAGAAUGCAAUCUAGAUCACAGGGUUUGUAAUAUUAAUUUGCUUUAAUCUUUUCUGCAGGAGCAGUUAGAGGUAGGCAUGUCCGAAAUUAAUUUGUUCCAAAGAGUGUGUGUACAUUCUUAAAGUAAUACAAAAAUACAGUGCCAAGGAUUUACUCUUAAAAGUAUUUUAAAGAGGAAGGAUCCGUUUUUAUUUUUACAUGAACUUGAAGAGGUGUGUGUAACCCUACAAAUGUAAUGGCUGAAUGAACCUCCUUAAGUGUUAGCCAGUAGUGGUUUGCCACCUAGUGGUUACAAUGUACUUUUGUUGAGAAGGCUGAUACUUUUUUUUUCUGUUGUAAUUCAUAGUUAAUUCUGACAUGACAUUGAAAGUAUUCAGAUAACCUGUUUUCAAAGCAUUCUUUUUAAAUUUUGGCAACUGGAUUGCAUGUACAUUUGUAAAAAGUUAUAUAAUAGACACUUUUAUAUCAAAUUUUCAGCUAGUUAGCUCAAGUGUUUGAAUAGUUGUUUUGUGUGAAUGUUUUUCCAAGUAGGUUUUAAAAAAACUUUUCUUUAGCUUCAUUUUGUGUAAUGCUUUCUAAGCUUUUAAUUUACUUUCCACUUCACUGUGCAGUCUUUAAUUCUAUUUAUUUUUUAUUUAUUCCUAGAAAUAAGAGGGUUAACUGGAUUAACUCUCUCUGUGAUUAGUGAAUAUUCUGUCUCUAUUGCUUUUUCUCUAUUAAACAGUGUUGGAGACUGAUUAUGCAGAAGAAUCUUUAUUUAAGAUUGACUUUUUUUAAAUCAAUUUUUGUGUACAUUAACUUGUAGUAAAGGUUCUAAAAUUGUACUUUGGAAUUGUAGGACAUGUUCACUGCCUUUUUAUAGUCUGCCUUAAAAACAAAGACUCAUAAUUGUUUUUUGUGCCUUGCAAAAUUAGUCUGUCACCAACGGCAGCACUUCAAAAAUUAUACCACCACAAUGUGUGAAGCAGGAUGACAAUCUUGUAGCAACACGGUGUCUUACUGCCAUACCUGAAGAUAAUCUCUUACUUGCAUGUGAUCUCUUUUUUUUUCAUAUGUGCUCUCUAUACUGUAUGCCCAUUUGUUUUCUAGCUGCUUUCUCUAAUACAGGGCAGUCUGGGAGCCAGUGCUUAUCCCAGCAAGCAAUGUGCAGCAGUCCAUCAAAGGGCUCACACAGACACACCAGGGCCAAUUUCCUCAAAUGCCAAUUAACCUACAAGUAUGUCUUUGCACUGUGGAUGGGAACCUGAGCUUCUCUAUACAUCUAUACAUGUGUAAUAUAAUAUGGAACAAACUGGGUUCUAUACUAGAAUUCGGUGUUUGUUUUUCUACUCUGGCUCAUCGUGUGUUAGAGCGAAUGUUUCUAUGCAUGUAUACUUGAACAUUUUUGUGGUAAGUCAGUGCAACAGCUGCUUGUAUGAAUUUCUGCCAUACUGCAGUCUGUGCAAGGUGUGUAAACAAGUUAAGUCUGCAACAUGCUGGAGCUCACACAACAGUGGAGUAACUGCAAAAAUAUUACAUCCAAGGGUUUAAAAUAGCUGGCAUGAUUGACUGCUGAUGCUUAAAAGAAUUUUCAAAUGGAAAAUGUCCUUUUCUGUUUCUUCCUGUAUUGCUAGUUUCAUUGUUUAACUUCCUGAAAGAUAAUUCAUUGUUUUUAUAGAAAUGAUGCUUCAUUAUGCAGACUCAUCAUUUUCUAUAUUUUGCCUGGAAUAAAAGCAUCAACUAAGUA